ACCGCCGUCGCCCCGAGCCCGGAAGAGAACCCAAGCGAGAGAAAGGGGCGGCUGCCGGUGAAGUGGUUGUUGUUUGCCGCCGCCGAAGCGAUGAAUGGCGCGGCGAACCCGCUGCUGGACAAGGAGGAACACCCACUACAGCUGGGCGAGAGCUUCGAGCGGCACCCCAAGGCCUCCUUCCAUACCAUCCGCUAUGACUUUAAACCAGCAUCCAUAGACACAUCUUGUGAGGGGGAACUUCAAGUCGGUAAAGGAGAUGAAGUCACAAUUACAUUACCACAUAUUCCAGGUUCCACUCCUCCAAUGACUGUGUUCAAAGGAAAUAAAAGGCCGUACCAAAAGGACUGUGUACUUAUUAUCAAUCAUGAUACUGGGGAAUAUGUGCUUGAAAAGCUAAGCAGCAGCAUUCAAGUCAAGAAGACAAGAGCUGAAGGCAGCAGUAAAAUCCAGGCCCGAAUAGAACAGCAAUCUGCCCGAGCCUCACAACCUUCUUCCACCCAGUUCAGAGCUCCUACAAAGCCAGCAGCUGGUCCCAAAACCUCCCCAUUGAAAGACAACCCUUCACCAGAGCCUCAGCUAGAUGAUAUUAAGAGAGAGCUAAGAGCUGAGGUUGAAAUCAUUGAGCAGAUGAGUAGCAGUAGUGGCAGCAGCUCCUCUGAUUCAGAGAGCUCCUCGGGGAGUGAUGAUGAAAGCUCUAGCAGUGAUGGUGAUGAAGCUGCACACCCUUCCCCUUCUCAGCAGUACAACAACAGGAACCCUAUCGCCAAUGGUACCAGCAGGCAACAAGGAAGCAAUCAGCUCAUGAGCACACUUAGAAAUGACUUGCAAUUGAGUGAAUCUGGGAGUGACAGCGAUGAUUAGAAUGAAGUUUUUCCAGUAGUUUCCUGUUGCAAAUGUGAACAGAUGCAGAUUUACUGAGCAGUAAGAAGUAUGCCGAUGUGGAAGCUGGCUUGGAAACACAGCUAUAAAGUGCAACUUUAACAAAUACGUGACCUUGGGAUGGGGAAAAAACCAACCACAAAUGUUCCUGAAGCAAGGGUUAUAUUCUAUUUACUUUGUGUAUAAAUUGUGUAUGUUGUGUAUAUUCUUUUAAAGUUUUUUAAUAGAUGUGAAUAUCUAUUAAUACAUUGAUCUGUAUUCUUAGGUGCUGAUACUCCAUAAAGCAUAAAGAAUGAUAGUCUUGGUGUGCUCUAAUAUGAUUCUUGCUUUUAGGAAAGAUACAGUAGCCCAGGCAAUUUAAAGCAAAAGUUGUCUGUAGGAUAGGUAUAAGCCAGGUUUACUAAAAAAAAUUAAAAAAGGAAAUGGAGUGUAAAUUUCAAAGGAGGGCAUCGUGCUGAGAUGCACAAUUGCAUCUGGGUUAGUUAAGCUUAAGGCAGACUUAUGAAUUGCCACCUUGUGGUGUGUAGGAGUUGCCUCCAAGCAAGGAAGCUUUUGUAAACUGGAAGAAAGCUGCCUUUCCUUCCCGGCCCUCUGUGUGCCACAGAUGACUGAUGGAGGUACGUGUGGGCAAAUAGGCUAGUAGCACUUCUCAUAGCUAGUAACUUUAGUGGACUUAAAGUGUAAGAAUAGUGUAGGGCUUUACUGAUGCCUUUUAAUUGUUGCUGAAAGCUCAUAGGAUAAUAAAGGUUUUAUGAUAGUUCAAACAAAAGCCAUUCAAAAAGGCCUUUUAUUACUUCCAAAUUCUGUAUGCCCCAUGAGUGCACAUAUCUGUUGCCUAUUCGCAUUGUAGACAUUCACACCAGUGGGUGCUUCAUGUUGUCUAAGCAAGUGGUGAAACAGACAUGUGCACAUGGCAGUAUACAUGUAAGGUAUACACUCCACAGAUAAAAGAAAACCCGUGUUGGAAAUAACGUUUUCCUAAAAUUUGGUGGAAAUGGCAUGGGGAUGUUUAAGCCCAUAACGUCUCAGAAUGAAAAGUAGAGACAUCACCCCAUAUAGCGCCCCAAAGCAAAAGCUACCCAUAACUUAAGAGAUUUUGCUUCCACGCAGUGAUCAGUUCCAUCUAUCAAGCUGUGUUGGUCAACAGACGACACAACCCUUCAUGAGUUGUUUCCUUAUAACCAGUAUUGUAUAUGUCUAGUAAAUACUACAUCACUUACAAUGAAAGCAGAAAACUAAUGUAGAAAUCUUCUGAAAUCAAUCAAAACUUUAUUUAGCAAAUGCAAAAAUCCAGGUGCCCAGUAACCACUGGUGCCUAAAGUGUUGGGUCUGGUGACUGGCUCUUGUGCUGUUGUAGAGCUCAAGAUUCAGCAUUCGUCUCUAGUCUGCUUUUGCAUAAGGUUUUGCUCCCCGUGUCAAAGUCCAUAAAUAACUAUAAGCAUUUUCAAGAUUAUAAAGAAAAUGGAGGUAGAAUCUUUUCUUGCCCUGUUUAACAUAUGUAUUUUGAAGGACUGUAGGUCUUAUGUUUAGUCUAGGAUUUAAAAUGACAGACAGAUAUGCAUACAUCUUGCUUCCUUAAGAAGAAAAGAGAUAGGAAACGCUCAUGGGUUAUAAAAUCCAAAUUAAUUUUCUAGAUUAAAUUGACUUAUGUCACUAGUCUGUGUACAGGUUUAUGCAUCAUUAUAUACAAACAUUUUUGAAUUAUUUGUUUGUAAAAUAAUGGGUGGAAUUAAAUUGAGUCCUGCUUAUGGAACUCCUUCUGUUAGUGGAACAGGGAAAGUGACUACCCAUCCCACCUGCAGUCCCCUGUGUGCCCACAAAACAUGGUCCCCCCAAAAUUUGGGAAGACACAAGAGGCUGCAGAGGAGAGGACAACAUCCUUUCACGCAAGCAGAAGUCCACUUGUGCAACAUUGGAUUCUGCCCAGUGAUUUGUGAAAUGUGUAUCUAAAUGAGAGAGUUGUUAGCUUGCAAUCAACCACGUUAAGGAAUUAUGGACUUCCUAGCAAUCCCAUACAAUCUCAGCUGUAUGUUGUCAAGAUGGGUUUUGAGUUAAUAAGUCCUGUUUAAUGGAGUGAAUGUAAAAUGUGUGGCUUCAUAAAUUUGAUUUAAUUCUCUCGAUCUAGCAUUCUGAAUAAGCAGGAAAAAAGUGAUCUUCACUGUCAUUAGAAUAAAGGUGCCUUAACUUUUAAGAGUUCUGUCGUGUUGCACCACAGUGGCUGCAGAGCACAGGCCAAGUGCUCCAAAUGCCUGUGCAAAAGGACAAGUCACACCGUUUUGCUCUGGUUCUUGGAUGCCUACCUGGCCACUAUGUGGAGGAAACAGCAACAGCAUUAUUGCACUUGGGAAAAAUCUCGGGGCAGCGCAGGAACAUGCAUAAGGCUUUUUUGUUUCUGGCGAGGAACAGGUGGAGAGAGGGGCAAGGUCAUAUAUGGCUGUGUAUAUUCCAUGACUGUGCGCAAAUUCAGAAUAAGGCAUUCAGCUUCUGGAAAAAUCUUGGUUUGUAACCCAGUUUCUAUCUGUUAUGACUGCAAAAGAAAGGUUAAAAGUAUGUGCUCCUGUUUGAUAAAAUGUCAGAGGGAUGCAGAAUACAUUUUUGAGAGGUCAAGGCUUUAGUGUCCUGCGUAGCUCUUGACCCUCCUCACAACUACUACCAGAAUUAGACUAAAUUAGACUACCAGAAUUAAACUAAAUAAGCAAAUAUAUUCAUAUAAUUAAGGCUGCAAUCCUGUGCCCGCAUCCUUGGAAGUAAAUCUAACCAAACAUAGUGGGCUUACUUCUGAGUAAACAUGUAUAGAUUGUGCCACAAGUCAUGGAAUUUGGUUUGUCUUGAAAUGGUGCAUACAUAAUAAAAAGGUUUACUCCAAAAGAUGGAGAAAGACUGAGAUGCUUCUAAUGUUUGUAUAGCCCACACCUUUGAGCACUGGAACUGUUGUACUGCAGCUGUUUUCAUAAGCCACAUGUUCCCUGACUGAGUUAAAAGUCAAUAAUUAUUUCAGUAUUAGAGAAAGAAAAGUAGGGGUGAGGCAGAACCCAGAUGUAUAAUAUACUAUUUUUGAUGCAAUUGUGCCUCAAAUGUAUCUACAUUAAUCUAGACAUAUGUAUGUUUACAUUUAUGUAAAUUAUAUAUAUAUAUAUACCUUGUAAAAUUUUGUAGGUUUUUCUUUUUAAAGUUUUAUUUAAAUAAAAAAUGAACUUCAGCAGCACAAA